UUGGUGUGAGUAUGAGUUGAGGUGGACCUCACCUCCCUCACUCAUUGGUCAUUUGAGACAAAACCAAGCCUAACAAUCCAUCCCCACUAUCAUGCUCGACCAAGACCCAAAGAAAAUAGAAAAGGAAGCCCUGCAACUCCAUUCUCCAUAGCUAAAUUCGAGCUCAAGCUUAAGGAAGUCCAAGGAAGAAGAUUGAAGAAGGAAAAAACUAGGAAAAAGUGUGAAAAUUAAGGAACUUGUAUAAGUUAUUUCAAGAGCUUUCACGGAGUUGAAAGAGUCGCCGGAGUUUGUCAAAAGUCGCCAGAGUUUCGCCGGAGUUCAACCGAGAGGGGUAGAACUUCAUAGUGCUAAUUCGAGUUUCAGGUAAAACUUGAAGGUUGCUACCAUUGCCCAUUGCUCGGGAAGAUUCAACGAGAAGAGACGUGGUUCGUGCUUCCUCCGUUUCUGUUUUAAAAACAAUAUGAAUAAUGUUCAUGGAUAUUAUUAUUUUUGAAUAAUUAUUUGGGCUUGCAUGCCUAUGUUGCCAACUGAUUUUGAGAGCCGGACUUUUGGGAUUCUAUUCACAUCCACGGGUUCAUCUUCUCUACUUCUCCGGUAAUCGUUCAAGGGAUGAUUAUCCAGUUCAACUGAUUGUGAUGAAAGAUAAAUUUUAUCUUCUAGAUCUAAGCUUUGAAAGCGAGUCGAGUUGCCAUAAGCCCUGAGAUUUUCUGGGUUUGUGUGUCUGUGCGCAGUGGAGAAGUGGUUAGGGUGAGUGUUCUUGCGCCUUUUUUGGUAGUUAACGAUGCGCCGGCCGUCUGUUGUCUCGCCUGUGGCGAGGUCGUUGAAGGAGUGGCGGUGUGGUUGCGCCUCUUCUCGUCAUACCAGAUAGUUACGCCCUGCCUCAGUAUCAUAUUUUACCUUCGUCGAUUUUAAUUUGUUGUUAUACCUGGGUUUGUGAAAGCUAGCAGCAUAAUGGAUUGUGCGGUCUCCCUGUUCGCUAUGCCUGGGGUGAGGUUUUGCCAACCAGUGCCUGCAAUUGUUGUAGCGCCAGGGGUGUGAAUUAGGAUAGUUGAAACCAAAUUCUGUUCUUGGCGCUGCAUCUUCAUUUCUGGUGAAUCUGCUGAUUGAGUUUAUGGAAUGAGGCUUUGUGUAACGGGUUGGUGAAAUACCUCUAUCGCUGGAGCAGAGAAUAACCCCUUGUGUGCAAUAGUGAUUACCUCUGAGAUAUGGUUGUGGAUUCCGGCUGCUGACUUACUCUAAGGUAAGGUUCUUCGUACCUGGACAUGCGUCUGGCGGAGCUAUAUUCAGGAACUGGAUCGGUGAGCUCUCUUGGGCAAUAAGCUUCAACAUUCAGGCGGAUUCAAGCGAAGAGGCGGAACUAAAGGCGUUGAUGUUCGCUUCUGAAAUGGCGAUGGAAAGGGGAUAUGUUGAGUUUCAGGUGGAAACAGAUGUUGAGCUUUCCAUUUCCGUCUUGAGGAACAAUUUAGUCAGGUAUGAAGGGGUUCGAACGUUUAGGCAGAAAGCUCAGGAAGCAGGUCUGAAGUUUGGGCAUGUGUAUCGGGAGGGUAAUAAAGCAGCUCAUUAUUUGGCGGCCCAGAGUCCACUCCCGGCCCAAAUAAUGUUCUUUGACCAAGUUAGCCAAUUGCCAAUUCAGGCCCGUAGGAGUUUUUACGCGGACUUAUUUGGUUUCCCUCACUUUCGAUUCUAAUUUUACACUUAUAUCUAUUGGGUCAGACCUAGCCCCCCCCCCCCCCCCCCCGAUAGUCUUUUCAUUCUUUUUGCAUGUAUUUUGAGAAGGAAUGCCUUCGCUGGAGAGGUAUUGGUAUAGCCCCCCUCUUCAUCUGUAUCUCUGAUAUUAUCAAUAAAACAAGGUAACUGACCCCCGACAUUUACCCCACUGAUUUUGGUGGUUUGCCUUUCCG